AUGACCCUCGGAGCUCCAAUUAACGUGACAAUUCUAGUAUUGGUUCGAACGGGCCAUUUCACGCCGAUUCCUGUUGGUUGCACCCCAUUGAAACGCGAUCUUAAAUCCUACAUCUCUUCCGGCGUCAUCAAUCUCGAUAAGCCUUCAAACCCCUCCAGCCACGAAGUCGUCGCUUGGGUCAAGCGCAUAUUACGAGUAGAGAAAACCGGCCACAGCGGAACACUUGACCCCAAAGUGACGGGAUGCUUGAUUGUCUGUAUCGACCGAGCUACUAGAUUGGUGAAAUCGCAACAAGGUGCUGGAAAAGAAUACGUCUGCGUUAUCCGACUACACGACAAAUUGCCUGGAGGAGAAGCACAGUUUGCUCGAGCACUCGAAACACUGACGGGUGCUCUGUUUCAACGACCUCCCCUCAUUUCUGCAGUCAAGCGACAGCUCCGCAUCCGAACCAUCCACGAGAGCAAGCUGUACGAAUUCGACAAUGACCGGCAUCUUGGCGUUUUCUGGGUCAGUUGCGAAGCUGGAACCUACAUCAGAACUCUCUGCGUACACCUGGGAUUGCUGCUGGGUGUCGGUGCGCACAUGCAGGAAUUGCGGAGAGUAAGGAGUGGAGCUAUGGCCGAGAGCGAUGGGAUGGUGACGUUGCACGACGUUCUCGAUGCGCAAUGGAUGAUGGACAACAACCGAGACGAGUCGUAUCUGCGCAGGGUGAUCUCGCCGCUUGAGAGUCUGUUGACGACAUACAAGAGAAUUGUUGUAAAGGACAGCGCGGUCAACGCUGUCUGCUAUGGCGCCAAAUUGAUGAUUCCCGGUUUACUGCGAUUUGAGGCUGGUAUCGAGGUCCACGAAGAGGUUGUGCUAAUGACGACGAAAGGCGAGGCAAUCGCUCUUGGCAUUGCGUUGAUGUCAACCGUCGAGUUGUCUACCUGUGACCAUGGUGUCGUUGCCAAAGUUAAGCGGUGCAUCAUGGAGAGGGAUCUGUACCCGCGGCGAUGGGGUAUGGGGCCUGUGGCGCUCGAGAAAAAGAAGAUGAAGUCUGAUGGAAAACUUGAUAAAUAUGGCCGACCAAAUGAAAACACUCCGGCGAAAUGGAAUGCUGAGUACACCGACUACAGCGCCUCCGCCAAUGCAGAGGGCACCAAAUCCGCCCCCGUCGGGGAGACCACGUCCAGAGCCGAUGUCCUUUCCGCCCCACCUGUUGCCCCGAAUGGUGAGGCUGGUAGUCAAAUGGACCUCGAUGAGAAAGCAGCAGCAGAGCCUGCAACGACAAACGGCGAGUCGACCCCAAAAAUCAAGAAAGAAGAAAAGGACAAGAAGCGCAAGAGCAAACACGAAGGUGAGACGCCCGAAGAGAAAGCUGAGCGGAAACGCAGGAAAAAGGAAAAGAAGGAGAAGAAGGAGAAGAAGCGCGAGAGCGGGGUGAAGAAAGAUGACAGUGAUGACAGCGAGUAA